AUGGGUGCACUGGUGAUGGGUGCACUGGUGUUUAGUGCGGUGGUGAUGGGUCUUGUGGGUGUGGUAGAAAUGGAUGCAGUAGCGAUGGGUGCACUGGUGAUGGAGGUGGUAGUGAUGGGUGCACUGGUGAUGGAGGCGGUAGGGAUGGGUGCACUGGGGACAGCUCUUCUUGGGGCAGCGACGCCGACUCAUCAGCCAGGCCGCCACCUCUUGACCUGGCACUCUCCCCUCCACUCUCGCCCUCUCCCUCUCCUGCUGCACACCCAUCCUUCACCACUUCAUUCUCUACCGCUUUUCCUUCCUCCUUUACCACCUUUCCUUCCUCCAUUACCACCUUUCCUUCCUCCUUUACCACCUUUCCUUCCUCCUUUACCACCUUUCCUUCCUCCUUUACCGCUUUUCCUUCCUCCUUUACCGCUUUUCCUUCCUCCUUUACCGCUUUUCCUUCCUCCUUUACCGCUUUUCCUUCCUCCUUUACCGCCUUUCCUUCCUCCUUUACCGCCUUUCCUUCCUCCUUUACCGCCUUUCCUUCCUCCUUUACCGCCUUUCCUUCCUCCUUUACCGCCUUUCCUUCCUCCUUUACCGCCUUUCCUUCCUCCUUUACCGCCUUUCCUUCCUCCUUUACCGCCUUUCCUUCCUCCUUUACCGCCUUUCCUUCCUCCUUUACCGCCUUUCCUUCCUCCUUUACCGCCUUUCCUUCCUCCUUUACCGCCUUUCCUUCCUCCUUUACCGCCUUUCCUUCCUCCUUUACCGCCUUUCCUUCCUCCUUUACCGCCUUUCCUUCCUCCUUUACCGCCUUUCCUUCCUCCUUUACCGCCUUUCCUUCCUCCUUUACCGCCUUUCCUUCCUCCUUUACCGCCUUUCCUUCCUCCUUUACCGCCUUUCCUUCCUCCUUUACCGCCUUUCCUUCCUCCUUUACCGCCUUUCCUUCCUCCUUUACCGCCUUUCCUUCCUCCUUUACCGCCUUUCCUUCCUCCUUUACCGCCUUUCCUUCCUCCUUUACCGCCUUUCCUUCCUCCUUUACCGCCUUUCCUUCCUCCUUUACCGCCUUUCCUUCCUCCUUUACCGCCUUUCCUUCCUCCUUUACCGCCUUUCCUUCCUCCUUUACCGCCUUUCCUUCCUCCUUUACCGCCUUUCCUUCCUCCUUUACCGCCUUUCCUUCCUCCUUUACCGCCUUUCCUUCCUCCUUUACCGCCUUUCCUUCCUCCUUUACCGCCUUUCCUUCCUCCUUUACCGCCUUUCCUUCCUCCUUUACCGCCUUUCCUUCCUCCUUUACCGCCUUUCCUUCCUCCUUUACCGCCUUUCCUUCCUCCUUUACCGCCUUUCCUUCCUCCUUUACCGCCUUUCCUUCCUCCUUUACCGCCUUUCCUUCCUCCUUUACCGCCUUUCCUUCCUCCUUUACCGCCUUUCCUUCCUCCUUUACCGCCUUUCCUUCCUCCUUUACCGCCUUUCCUUCCUCCUUUACCGCCUUUCCUUCCUCCUUUACCGCCUUUCCUUCCUCCUUUACCGCCUUUCCUUCCUCCUUUACCGCCUUUCCUUCCUCCUUUACCGCCUUUCCUUCCUCCUUUACCGCCUUUCCUUCCUCCUUUACCGCCUUUCCUUCCUCCUUUACCGCCUUUCCUUCCUCCUUUACCGCCUUUCCUUCCUCCUUUACCGCCUUUCCUUCCUCCUUUACCACCUUUACUUUCUCUUCUCCCCCUUCCGCAUCAGCACCUGCUGCUAACUCAGCUUCAGAAGAUCCCGCAGUAG